AUGAGCUUUUAUUAGGAAUUUAAGGAUGACAUACGAAAUCAGAUUUAGGAGUAGCAACCUGAUGGAGCAAACAACAGAUCGGAUAUCGAUAACGAUAGAACUUAAACAUAAUACAGAGGCAAUGACGAAUUAAUGUUUAUGAAGCACUAGUCUCAGAAACAUCAAACAGCUUAGCUUUCAAAACAUAAAACCUCCGAUAAUUAAUUAGAUUUGCGGACAUAGAGUGUUCUAAAUAUUGGUAGAGCAAACAAUAUGCAGCAGUUUAUGUAAAUUCCAAGUUUAGAUUCGAACAAGCUCUUCAGGUCAAAUGUUGAAUCACAAUCAACUGCGAACUUUAACCCCUUAGGUAGAAUGAAAACAAUCCACGAGAAUUUCUAAGGAACUCUGGGAUCUUAACUGGCGAAAAACUUGGGAGUAAAUAGACAAGAUGAAGUAAAUAUCAAAAAUCCAACUUAAAGGUAGAGAAAAGGAUUUCUAAGAAUAGGAGACAUCAUUUGCAUUACAUUUAGAUUUGAAAAAUAAAUUGUUAAGAAAGAUAAGCUGGCAAAUUAGAAGACUAAUUAGACUUCUAAAACUGGGCCUUAAAUCUAAAAAGUAUAAAGCGAAAAGGAAGUCAAGAGCAUAUAGGGAGUACUAUGGUCUGAUGGAGUGACAAACAUGAAUCUCAAUUUGAUACAUAAGGGUGCAAAAAGUUAAAUGGGCAGUUUCAGUUAAUUCAAAAAGUGCCUGUUUAUAAUAGAAUCUGCUUAGGAAUGCCAAUUCAACUAAAUUGAUCAAGACUAUGGGAGAUAGAUUCGAGAAUUAGAACUGGAACUUGAAACUGCUGAGGGCAAAGAUUUUGACGAAUUGACCAAUGAAAUUCAAAAUCUUGAUAGAAAAUAGCAAAAAAAUAAUAAGAGACUAGAGGAAGAGGACAACAAUAAUAAAUAUGAAUGUCAAAUGAGUCUUGGCAAGAAGAUAACAUAUGGACAGAAAAUAUAAUUAAAGCAUAUAUUUAGCGGACAAUACUUAUCAAUUAGCCCUAAGAAGAUUGCUUCUGAAAAUGGAUGCAAUGCUGUAGAGUUAUCGAGGCCUAAUGAAAACUCUUGGUUGACUUUCUCGCCCUCUUAGAAAAUUAGAUAAAAUGGUCAAUCAAUAUCAUACUAAGAUUCUUUCUUCAUUAAUAACUUCAUUUAAGAAUCCUUAGAGUAUGAGAAGCCUAAACUCUAUGUUCAUGUCUAUACUUAGAAGUUUACUUCUGAAAAUUUGAACAAAACAAUUGAGAUUAAUGGAAACAACGAGGCAUCAAGAUUGAAGGCUAAGUUGUUCAUCGACUAUACCUUUAGUAACACAGAAGAUUUUAUUGCCUCUGCAGAUACAGUCAAACUUUAACAUAAGGAAUUAAAUGGAUAUCUCACUGUUAAAGAAAAGAAUUUCGAUGUGCUAAAGAACAAAUUCCCAUAGUUCAUGAUAGAAGAAAUGAAUACUGAGGACAAGGUUAAUCUUGGUCAUAUGAGUACCAAGAAUUACAAAAUAAACGUUUCAUUGCCUCCCAUAAACAUUGGAAGUGAGGAGACUCUAAAUGAGAUAACGAAAACUUAAGUUGAUGAGCAGUGUAACGAAGUUUAUAUUGAGACAGAUCUGGAUAGUUUAAUGGAAACAAACUCUAAUUGGGAAAUUCAAAAAGUUAAACCAUUCAUAGGAGGCUAAAUCUAUUACAAUGACUGCUACAGAUUUAAGCAUAUUGGAACUGGCAAAUUCUUAGUUGUUUAAGAUGAAUAACUAGUGCUUGGUGAAUGUAGCAUGAGAGAAUUUGCUUGGGCAAGUCUUUUUAAGAUUAGAAGAGAUACAUAUUAGCCUCCAAGAAUAAAGCUUGAAAAGGAAGAAGAAGAUGAAAUGGGCUAAGUUAUAGGCAAUUAGGAUCUUAUCAUGCUUCAGUCUGCUUUUUAGGAUGAAAAAAGCAACGUCAGCUGGAAAGAUUUUCUUUAGAUAGGGUAGGUUGAUAUUCAAACCGUUGUCGAAUAGGAAAUGGACCAAGAAGAUACAAUCGAUUAGUAGGCUUCUAUCCCUCAGACCAUAGAUUUAAAAGAUGAGGAGGAGAAAAAGUUGAUCACUGUAACUUCUGGUAAAUUUUUGAAGGAGGAUGUAGCUAAAAUGGUGUUCAUGAUAGAAAAGGUAUCAGAUAAGGAUGCCUCCAUUACAUAUGAAGGCUAGAGCUACUGUUAAACAUUUUUGGAAUUCCAUGAUUUCAUACUUUUGUGGGCAGUAAAUGAGCUUGUAAAGACAAAAAUGUAUAAUUAGACAGAGGCUAUUGAAACUGAGGAGGUAUUAUCUGAUAAGAGUGAGGAAUUUAUGCAAGUGCUGACAAGGUUAUAUGAGACACUUUAUAAAGCAAAAAAUAACAGCAGAGACUAAUUCAUUAAGUAUCAAAAUCAUCUAGCUGAAUAAGGAGUACUUCAUAUGCUAAUAAAGUUAUUAGAACUAAUAUACUACAAAACUGUGCCCAAAAAUGAGAGAUAUAAUGAUAAUAAAAAAUAAAGAGAUAAAAGUAUUUUGAGCGACCUAGAAAUUGCAGGUUAAAAUAUGUUUGGAUCACGCUCAAUCCCCGAGACAAUAGCUUCUGAUCAUCUUGAUUAAGUAUCAAACCAACUGUUAAGAGUAAUCAAUGUCAUGAUAAAGAACAAUCCAAAAAAUGCUGCAAUAGUGACAUAGAACGAAAGAAUUAUUUACAGAUAAAUUAAGAAAUGCGAUACAAAAUUGAUAACAAGCAUAUUUAGAGAAGCUUUCAAAAGAUCUCAGAUGAUUCAUUAUACAAGUGAGGAAUUAGAUAGUUAAGAUCAAGAUUCAGAUCCAGAAAAGUAAGAUAAACCUCUUGAUAUCAUUAUUAAAAAUUGGGGAUAAGCUCUAGAUACCCCAACAUAUAAUUCAGAAAAUGAUGAUAAUAUUCACAGAUAAAUGCUUCAUUUAAAGGUGCUGAGCAUGAUCUGCUGUGAUAAUUAAGGGAAUGGAAUUUACCACUAUCAAUUAAAAGUUAUGGACUUGUUGACAAGAGCAGCUAAAAAUGAGGAAGGAAUUUAAGGAGAUUUUAACAGUAAAAAUUAGGUUGAGUACCCAUAUGUUCCAAUAAAUUUUUCUUAAGAUAUUGGUACAAAGUGUCCUAUAGUAACUUUCCUUCUAAAAAACUAGACAAGAGAAGAAUUUGAUCAGCAUAAUCCUUUUUUGGCCAAGCUAAAUCAGUCAAUAGGUAAAUAAAGCUAUUUGAGCAAUCAAUAUAAAAAAGAUCCAACUUUUAAUUUGGAGGAUAUAAGUUUAUGCUAAAAUCCUACUUAAGCUGGAAUAAGCACGAGACUAAGUAUUUAUAUUGACUAUAUCUGCUGUGUGAUAGAGCUAUUCUCCAGUGUUUGUCUUUCAGGCAAUUUUUCCGGCAUACAGGCAGUUUAAGCCCUUGGUAUCACUAGAGAAAUGGUUUUAUAUUCAAUUUCUUAGCAUUCAAAACUUCAUCCCAAGUUUAAGUCAUCUUUCAUGAGAUUGUUCAAGGUGAUGUUCAUUGACUAUGAUGUUUAUUAACAAUUUAUCAAGUAUAAUAAUAGAUGCUAUAUAUGGGAUUACAUUGGAAGCUAUUCGACUCACAGAGAAUUAUAUAAACUUGAGAUUGAGUAGGUGAAAGGAUAAGGUUAAAUGACAGAAGCCUAUGACUAAAAUGAAGACAAAUUGUAAAAUAAAGAUAAUUUUGAAGAAGAUCUAAUAAGAGGAAAUAAACUUUUCUAAUCACUUGCAGGCGGGCCAGAUGAAAAUGACAAGCUAACAUUGCUAAGUCCGUACAAACCAAGAAAAAAGAAACAAUAGGCUAAACAUUUUUAGGAUAAUGAUUAAAAUUUCAAUGAUCUUAGUGAUAUUCAGCCUGAUCUUCCAAUAGAGGUAUCACCAUCAAAAUCAUAAAGAAAUAAAUAAAGACCAACAUUAGUCAUAUAAAAAGGUGAUAUUAGAUCAUUAACAAUGCAACCAAAAGCAAACAUGAGUUUUUAGUCUACUCAUGUAGAUAAAACUACCGAAUAUGAUGAAGUUGAGGUUGAAGAAAUAGUUCAGAAAUUUUUCAAAGAAGACUAGACAAAGCAAUAAUUGCAGAAUGAAUAACUCGAUUAUAUGAAUCAUCAUAGCAAAAAGCAAGAAUAAAACAAAACAAGUGACUAAAUAAAAAAGAUUGACAAAUAAACACUAAGAUUUAUAGAUAAUCACAUUGAUCUUGCGAUAUCAUUAAUUAAGACAGAAUAAGUUUAGAAUGACUUUAUCUAUGAUAUGAUCCAAGUUGCUUAAGACAUUUUCUAUUUCUAUAGAGAUUAUGAUAAACGUGUUGAUGAAUAGGGCUAAAUAAUAGAUCCUAUACCAACACAGGGAGCUGAUAAUGAAGGUAAUUAAGAUAUUUUAAAUGAUCAAACUUAAAUUUCGAGUAAUAGUCCUGAUAAAAGUAGGACAGAUCUCUUAAAUAAUCCUAAUGAUAAUACUCAAGGAGAAAAAUCUUAAAAAAAUUAGAAUCAAAUUCAUUCUUGGAUUGUGUCAGUUAUUUUAAAUGCUAGAAAAGAUGCCUCAACAAAAAGUAAGGUAGAAAAAUUGGAAUAUAAAACGUUAAAAAUGCUUUAAGCUAUCAUUAACUUCAAAAUCAAUGAGCAAGUCAUAGCUUUUACUUAGGUAUUCAAGAGAGCGAUAGAUUACAAUCUAAAGCCUGAUGUGGAUGAUGCAAAUAAUAUAUUAAUCGACGAAUUCAAACUUCUAUUCUAAAUGUAUCAAUUUGGAGCCUCUUCAAAUGGAUUUAAUAAAGAAUAGGUUCUUAAGAAAUUAUUUAUAAUGAGCAAAAUGAAUAAUAGGAUGUAUAUGGGAAUUAAGGAAUUAUAAAAUAAAAAUGCUUCAGCUGCAGAAUAAAAUUAAGUAGCUAACUUGCCAAAUGAUUAAUUAAAAUAUUAGGAGUUUUGCUAGGAGGAUAUGAUAAAGCAUGAUGAAUUUAUUAUAGAAUAAGAAUUAGAAAUGUAUGCAAAUUUACCAGAUCGAAGUAAAAGAAUAUAAAAUCGAGUUAUAGAGUUGAUAUAAGAACUGAAAUUAAAAGAGCCAUUGUAAAAAGAUAAGUCUAAGGAUUAAAAUUUGAAAGAUAAAAAAUCAAAGUCUGGGAAAAAUAAGGAUAAAAAUAAGUAAUAGCAUUUCCUUAACGAGUCCUUACUCUCCAUGAUUUUCUAGAAAACUUAAAACAAUGAGAUUAAAGAUCAGGCAGUGGAGGUUCUUGUAUAAAGCUUUAGAUAAAGAUUUAACCUUGUGAAUGAAAUAGUGAAAGUUGAAAUACUUGUAACAUAAGAUGACAUAGAUCAGUUUCUUAAGCUGAAGAACAAAAAUUUCAGGAUAAAUGAAUUAAUUCAAGAUAUUGUCAAUUACAAUCACUACUAAGGCAUAUUAAACAAAUCUGACAAAAUAGAUGCCGAAGGUGAAUACAUAAUUAACGUUAGUUUAUUAAGGUAAUAAUUGAACUAAAUCACAAGCAAGCUGAGAAUCGAUAGAGCUAGAAGUCAUAAAAGAUAAACUUUUUUAAGACAUCUUGAUGUAUAAAAUGAUUUAAUUGUCAAGCUUAUGAAGAAAGUAUAAACUAAAGAAAAUAUUCCUGAGUCACUAUAGCUUUUAUUCUAAGACAUUUCAGCAUUUAUCUUUGAAUUUGCCAAUCAUAACUAUAAAAAUUAAAGAUCAUUACUACCGCAUAUGAAAUUCUUACUUAGCUAAAUACCAUUCGACAUUCCAAAUAAACUUAUUUUAGCUUAGAUUAUAAACAAGCAUAAACAUACUAAGGAAUGCUAGUUAUUUUUGAAUUUUGUCCUGGCUAAAUUUUAAAAGGAUAAAGAAUGUGAUAGAGUCCUAAUGAAAAUAUUGAACUAUAUGGUGGUUGAGAAUUCUCAAUUAUUCAAUAGCUCCUAUCAGCUGAUUAUUUUGAAAAAUAUUGUCUAAAAGUCUAAAUUCCUAGAGCAUAUAAAUGCUAGAUAGAUUGAUAGUUUUGAAUCAUUUUUAAGCAAGUAAAAACCUAGGCAGAUUACAUAAAAAGAGCAUGAAGAUUUUCGUAAAAACUCUAAAAUUCAUCAGACAUGCAUAGAAUUGCUAACUGAUUGCUCUAAAGACCUCUAGUACGGAAUUUAGCAAUCAAGAAAGCUUAUUGAACUUAAAUAUGUAAUUGAAGCCCUUCAAAAAGAUUGGCUACCCUUGAAAAUGAAGAUAGUCUACUUAAGAUUCCUAUUUGAAGUAUACAUAAAUGAUGUUUCAGACAUCUCAAUAAUGGAUGUGAAUUCAACCGCUUUCAUUGAGGUAUUGAAAAAGAUUCUCGAUUCUUUCUAAAUAUUAAAUAAAGCAGCCUUUGAUUUGUUCACAGAGGGACACAAAAAGGAAGGCUAUGUUCCUCCACUUAAAGAAGAACUGUACAAACAAUUCAAAUUACUCAGCAGCACAAACGAAAAAUGCUCAAAACAAGAUGGUUUCUUACAUUUCAUUUCAGAUUUCUAUCAGAGUCUUAAGAAUGUUGGCAUAAAUACAUCAACUGCACUUGAUGAAGUUAAUCUGAAAAUAAUUGAUUUCCUUUAAAACCUCAAAAAUGCAUUGCUAGAUGGUUACUUUGAAUUCCUUUAAGAUGAAGUUGAGCCUUAAUAAUAAAAUGGAAAUAAUAUAGCUUUAUAGGAGUAAAAUCCCCUUGAUAAAAGUGAAGAAAAAAAGUAAGGAACAAGUUUUAACAAGUAGUAUUAUUACCUAAUUGUUAUGGAAACUCUUAGUAUUGCACCGAAAGUAAGAAGUUUCAAAGUAGGCAAAAAAAUAGAUAUAAAUGAGUAAAAUAAUACUACAGAGAUGUCUGAUGAAUCCUAAAUGCAAACUGAAACUGAUAACAUUGAUAUAGCUGCUAAAAAGCGAACUGCUUUGAAGAUCAUUGAUCAAGUUAAGGAAUACCUGAUUUUUAAUAAUUAAUAAAUCUCAGAAAUCUUUGAUUCAGCAGUUGAUAGGCUAAAUGAAAAUAGGAUUAAUGGGGAUUUAUUGAAGAAGUAACUAAUUUCCAUUCUUGGGAGUGAAAAAACAUCUGAAAUAACAGAUGCUGUUGCUUAUUUCAAAAACUUUUCAAAAAUUAUGCAAUAAAUCAAGAAUAAUGAUAAAUCUAAUCCUUCUUCUCAUCCUGUAGAUUAAACUUAGAUAAAUCCUAAUUAAGUAAAAUCACAAAAUAUAGUCUAAUUAAGAUCCUAAAAUACUAAUAGAAGAAAAACAGAUUUUAUCGUUGAAUCUAGCAAGUAAAUGACAGAGGGCUUUUAAAAAUAAUAGAUUAAAGGUUAAAGGAAGACUAUGGUCAUUAUGAGUAAUUAAUAGCAAAAAUUGUUUGGACUGGACCUCUAACUUGAUGGAGUCGAAUAUAUAGAUAAGUAAGAUCUUCAUAAGCUAUUUAUGAAUGAUCCAUUUAAUAAAAAUGAAAAUAAUUAAAAUGAAAAUCAAGAUUAUACUUAAAAUAACAAGCCUGCACAAAUGACCUUUGACAUGGAAGCUGAUCUUAGAUUAUUCUAAAAGACAUUUAUUGAUUUUUGUGUAAAGAAUGAAGAUUAAGAUGAAUUGAGAACAUUCGACGAGUUCUUUUAGAGCAACUAGAAUGCAAAGAUAAAAGAGUUCAUAGAAAAGAUGAUUAAGGGAUUUGUAGAUAGCAACCGCAAAAUCUACCUAAUGAUUGUCCUAAAUAUGAUUCUUGAGUAGUACAUGAGAUCGACUCUAACAAAAAAUAAUGCCAAACCAAGUUUGCAACUCUAGAUUAUAACAAAAAAGAGGCUAACUGAGAUUUAGAAUAUGAUGAAAGAAUGUGCUGUUUGUGAAUUAGCUUUGGGAUUAAUUUCAAAAGAUGAACCAAUUGAAGUGGCCAAUUAAGCUAUCUUACUUUUAUGUUCCCUUCUUAGUGAAUCUAAUGACAAUCAAACUAAGCCUAAGCUGAUGGUUAAUCUGAAGGGGAAAAAAAGACAUCUUAGAAAAUAAAUUUGGAAGCAGAGAAAGAAAGAUUAACCCAAGACACAAAAAGGAAUGAACUUAUAAAUCUACUAAGAUUAAUACAGCUCUUUUCUGUAUUAAACAGUGCAACAGGUCCUAGAUACCUUGAUAGAUUUCUUAUAUGGUCCAUGCCGCUAAAAUCAAUAAAUUCUGGGCAACUGGGCUAAGUUCUGCAAGACAAUUGACUAUUAUUUAAGCCAAGAUAUGGGUUAUUACUCAGGCACUACUGUUGAAUAAAUGGGAAAGCUAAGAAUCUAUUCAUCUUGCACAAAAUUGCUCAUCGCUUUGAUAGAAACCGAUGAUAAUCUGUUCAGAUAUUAACAGUUUCUUGAACUCACUAAAUCAAUAUCAGUAGAGAAUUUGAUCCAAAAGAUGGUUGAAAUUUUCAUAUACAAAAUAGGCUGCGAAAAAAAGAAGUAAAAGUUGUACAGAUCAAACAAACAAUGCAAUCACAUAAAAGAAGAGUAUUGUGAUAAAGAAAAGAAACCAAAAUUCAGAUUGAAUAUGUGCGAGCCAGGAGAAUUCUGUGAGUUUGGGCAUAUGACUGCUUUAGAUAAUAUUGUUAUUUCAUCUGGCUUUAAUACCUUUAUCUUCCUUCAAAUAUUCAAGCAGACAGUAAAAUCUACCAAUUCACUAGAAAAAUGUGACUUUGAGAUGAAAAAAGAGCUGAGAUAUAGAGAAUUUUAUGAAAAGUUUAGCCAAGAUUUUAAGAGUGAUAAACUAAUAAGCAUUAAAGUUAAAAUGGGCAAGAGACUUGAUAACAAAAGGAAUAAUUAACCUAUUAAAAUAAAAGCAGAGGAUACUGAGAAUUAAAAAAAUAUUCAAGGAAAAGAAAAAGGCAAAGCGAAAUAAGAAUUGUAUGAGGAAUUUGUAAAAGGACCAGUUGAAAUAUAUCCUAUUGACAGAAGAACUAAUAAAACUAAAAAAAAUCUAGACAAUUAUGUAUCUAGUGGAAAAUGGUGGCAAAUCUGGUGUUGCAAGAAAAAGAAAAUAAUACCUUACAGCUAUUCUAUAGAGUAAUUCGCUAUUGACACAGCUAUUAGAUUCUAUAUUAAAAAUGUGGCUAACAUUGAAAUCAAUUAGUAAUUUAACAUUUAUCAUAUCAUCUUUUCAAUUAGCAAGGACAAACUUGUAAGUGUCCUUUAUAAGAUACCUUCAUUUUGUACGUACAUGACUACUUACUCUAAAAAGGAUUUAAUCUAUGGAGCUAAUCGAGAAAGUCAAAGUGAUAAACUCGAGGAUUUCUUCUCAAAGAUUAAUGUCAUCACCACCGAAAUGAAAAGUCUUCAAAAACUUGACAGAGACAGCAAGAUAAGAAGAUGGCUCACAGUUCAUUGGGCUAAGUUUUCUAAUCUCAGUUUCAUUAUGAUUAUACUUAUCAACAUAUUGUUCUUGAUCUUCUACGAGGUCAAUGAUGACAAGAUUGUGUUCCAGUAUCCUGUCGCCGAAAUAGUCAUUUAGAUCUUUGGUAUAAUCUAGGCCUUCCUUUCAUUCAUCGUGGUACUGUCUUAUUUCCAAAAGUAUCAUGCGGUUUUCUGGCAGAAGCAUUUAGAGAAGGACAGAGUUGAGAAGAAAUCCUGGUUCAGUGAAUACAAAGGAUCUCUCGGAUAUGCCUAUGGCUAAUCUACCUAUAAACUAUCAUAGAAAUCUGAGUAAAUAAUGAUGUAGCAAUUGACUUCUAACUCCAAAGCAGAUGAAAACAAGAGCAUGGGCAAUUUCAAAAAGUUUAAAUAGCUAAGCGUUUGGUAAUAGAUAUUGCAAAUUCUCCAGUCAUUCUGGACAGGGUUAAUGAUAGAUAUGAGGCAUUUGUUUAACUUGGCUUACUUCGGAGUAUCCAUUGCUGGACUGUUUAGCCCUACCUUCUUCAGCAUUUUGCUUUUAGAUAUCAUUAUUAAGAUUCCACUGCUUACAAGUGUGGUACAAGCCAUCUAGUAAAAUAAGAGACAGAUUAUCUAUACCUUGCUAUUGCUAUUCAUUAUUAUCUACAUUUACUCUUUCAUUGCCUUCCAAGCUUUCAGAGAUAACUAUACCAACGAAGGCACUGAUCCAGAAAAUUCACCCGAUCUUAAUAACUAUUGCAACUCCCUCGUGAUGUGUUUUGCUUCUACUCUGAAUAAUGGUCUGAGAUCAGGUGGAGGUAUCGGAGAUGUUCUUACGUAGCUUCAGGAUAGAGAUGAUAAGUACUGGAAGAGAUUCGCAUUUGAUCUGAGUUUCUUCGUUGUUGUUAUUAUCUUACUAUUGAAUCUUAUAUUUGGUAUCAUUAUAGAUGCUUUUGCCGAUAUGAGAGAUCAAAGAAAUGCCAUGGAAAAGGAUGUAAAUGAGAAGUGCUUUAUCUGUGGUAUCAAUAGGUAUCAGUUUGAGGCUAAAAACAAGGUGUUUAAGGACCAUGUGCUGAGAGAGCAUAAUGUCUACGCCUAUUUGUUCUUUAUCCUCUAUGUGAAGAGAAAUCCUGGAAAUGAAUGUACUGGUGUAGAGAAGUAUGUCAAGAACCUUGUUCUAAAGGAGGACACCAGUUUCUUCCCAGUUGAUGCUUGUCUAGCAUUUUAAUAGACAGACAUAGAAAAAAUUAUUGCAUUGCAGGAAUGA